CCGUACCUCACCCGGCCCGGGAAGAAAGGAGGAAUCGACGUGAUCUGAUGACGCUCACCCGUCGGCGGCGAACAUUGAUGGUGUCAUCAAGGGUCCGCCCACCCGCCGGCGACCUGUUUCCGAGCUGCACCAGAGCAUGAGGAUCUUAUGGAGGCUAUUUGGAUUCUCAAGAGGACUUCUCAAAGUGGAAAGUUGUAGAAUAACUGAAUCAGAAUCAUUGAUUCCAUUAGUUUGGGCAUCACUGAUACAGAAGCUUAGCAGAGCACCUGGUAUUUUCUUGUUGGAUCAAAGAAAAAGAUUAUCAACCAUGCCUGAAAUAGAAGCAAAUCAGAGAGACUCUGAAUUGUUUUCACCACCCUCUGAUGUUCGAGGAAUGACAGAACUUGAUAGAACAGCUUUUAAAAAGACAGUCACCAUCCCAGUGCUUAAAGUGAGGAAAGAAACAGUCAAUAAAUUGAUGCGAUCCCUUAAAAGGGCAGCACUGCAGCGCCCAGGCAUCAAACGUGUUAUUGAAGAUCCAGAAGAUGAAGAAAGUAGACUAAUUAUGUUGGAUCCCUAUAAAAUUUUUACCGAUGAUUCCUUUGAGAAAGGAGAACUCAGUAUUUUAAAGCAGCUGAAUGUCGAUCCACAGAUGUCUAAAUAUAAUUUGGAACUAACUUAUGAAAACUUUAAGUCAGAAGAAAUCUUGAGAGCUGUGCUUCCUGAAGGUCAAGAUGUGACUUCAGGGUUUAGCAGAGUUGGACAUAUUGCCCACUUGAACCUUCGAGAUCAUCAACUACCUUACAAGCAUUUAAUUGGCCAAGUUAUGAUUGACAAAAAUCCAGGAAUCACCUCAGCAGUAAAUAAAAUCAAUAAUAUUGAUAAUACCUACCGAAAUUUCCAAAUGGAAGUGCUAUCUGGAGAGGUGAAUAUGAUGACCAAGGUUCGAGAAAACAACUAUACCUAUGAAUUUGAUUUUUCAAAAGUCUAUUGGAAUCCUCGUCUCUCCACAGAACACAGCCGUAUCACAGAACUUCUCAAACCUGGGGAUGUCCUAUUUGAUGUUUUUGCUGGGGUUGGACCCUUUGCCAUUCCAGUAGCAAAAAAAAACUGCACUGUGUUUGCUAAUGAUCUCAAUCCUGAAUCCCAUAAAUGGCUACUGCACAAUUGUAAAGUAAAUAAAGUGGACCAAAAGGUGAAAGUCUUUAACUUGGAUGGGAAAGACUUCCUCCAAGGACCAGUCAGAGAAGAGUUAAGGCAGCAGCUGGGACCACUGUCAAAAGAAAGAAAACACUCUGUGCACAUUGUCAUGAACUUGCCAGCAAAGGCUAUUGAGUUUCUCAGUGCUUUCAAAUCACUCUUAGAUGGACAGCCAUGUGGCAGUGAGCUCCUUCCCAUCGUGCACUGUUACAGCUUUUCCAAAGAUGCUAAUCCUGCUAAGGAUGUUCAGCAACAAGCUGGAAUUGUAUUAGGCACCUCCUUGGAGGCAUGCAGUUCAGUUCACCUAGUAAGAAAUGUGGCCCCUAACAAGGAAAUGUUAUGCAUCACUUUCCGGAUUCCUGCUGCUAUACUUUACAAGAAUCAGACCCUAAAUCAAGACAAUCAUGAAGAUCCACCUCUUAAACGCCAGAGGACAGAUAAAGACUUUUAAGAAGAAAAAACACAAACUGCUUCAAUCACUUAAUUGUAAAUAUCUUCUCCAUCUCCCCAUUAGACCUUAAUGUAGUGAAAUAUCAUUUGUAUGAUUUCUUAAUAUUUUAGCAUUCAGUUACUUUAGUAUUGAACCCUUAUAUUUUGCCCUGUUUUAUAAAUUGGGGAUUAUCAAAUUAAAAUUUAAAUAAGUCUACUAAAUAUAUUUUUACCUGAGUUAUAACAUAAUUAUAAUUUUAUCAUCAAAUAUACCUAAUCUUUUAUUAGAUAAAUAUGUUUAAAAAUUGUCUUUCUCUUGGGAAAAGAGUUUUUGAAGGUAGGAUAAUUGCGUGCUAACUAGGAAAGCAGUGAUCCUUUUACAGUUAUCCUUAGUUGAAGAGUGUAGCUAAGUUUUAUAUAAGUAGUCUUACACUAUUACUAUAAAAGUAAUAACAAAUGAGAUUAUUUGGAUCAGAGAUAGGCAAACUAUGUCCAGUAGGCCAAAUCUGGUCCAUCACCUGUUGUUGUAUGGCAAGUGACCUAAGAAUGGUUCUUACUCCAAGGAGUUCUUUACUCUUGAUGAGUUGAUAGACAGUACUAAUACUGCUCAAGUCUUGUUUAUUUGAGGUGCCAAUUCUGAGUUUGAAGUAACUGAAGAAUCAGCCUCCAAGAAUACUCUGCCUGGAACAACUACCGGUGAAUACUUUCAAAGAAAUUGAGAAAACUAAUUCUGUAAAACCUGAAGUAGAGUCUGAUGUGUUAUAACUGAUGAUGGUUUAAAAAAAGUGUGAGGUAGAAAAAGAUCUAGUUGGAAAAAUUUACAAAGCUUAUAAAAAUGCAGGGUGUUUGUUUAAAACCUAUAGCUAUUCACUGUAUUAUCCACCAGCAAGUACCUUGCAGUAAAUAUUUGAAUCUACCAUGUGUUAACCAGUAAUGUCAGUGAUAAACUUCAUUUGCUUUCAUGGAUGUUAACCAUCCUCAAAGGCCUUGAAUUCUGUCAGAAAUUGAAGCUGAAUUUCCUAACUCAACCUAAGUUUGAUUUGCUUAGCAGCUAUAAAGUUUGACUGCAAUUUUUUGUGUUCAUGGCCAAGACUGAAAUUUUUCUUAAGAAGAACCAACUUUAAACACUUCUAAAAUACUGAAUGUCUUUGGGAAUUAGUUUUUGCUAAAGACUUGAUAAUAUUUCUCAAAGAUAUCAACCUACAAUUACAAGGCCAACAUAACUUUAAUGUGAAACAUACUGCAGUAGUCUGAAAUGACUGUAACUGUACAUUUCUCAUGCUAUCAGAAAUUAAAACAAGAAACAAGAUUUCCAUUCUCACACAAAUUAGCAGUGGAUAUAUUUUCUGAGUUCAGCAUUUUUGGAACCUUGGUGCAAAUGCAAAGGAAAUUUCCAUAUUUCAAAACCCAUUUAACUACAAUUGAACUUCUAUCUGAUCUUCAGUUGGAAGUGAUUCGUCUGUUAUUGUAAUGACAUGCUAAAAGGCAAAUACCAAAGGAUUAAGAAUCUAAUAGAGUUUUACAAAUGCCUUCCAAGUGAUGUAUAUGUUCAGUUAAAAUCACAUGUUCCAGUGUUUGGCAGAAUGUGUAAAAUCUCAUUACAUACAACCAUCAACAGGUGAUCAAUUACAAUUCAUUUUGAUGAAAGGAACACUUAGAACCCCAAUUAAAGGAAAUGUAUUUCCCCCGAAAAGCACUACAAAAUAAUGUACUCAAUUAUAUUUUGAAUUUUGUUAAUUUAAAAAAUUGUGCCAGUUUAUCUCAUGCUUAUCUACAUAACGGCCUCAGUUUUGUCUCUUGGCCCACAAAGCCUAAAAUAUUUACUCUCUGUUCCUACAGAAACAGUUUGAUCUAAGUCAUUAAUUACAAACUCAAAUGCCUUUAGAAGCUAGGUAGUAUAAACAGAUGAAGGCAAUAAAUGGCAAGACGUAUACAGAAGUUAUGAAUUGGAGCCUUUAUUCCUUAUGGAAAGACACUUAAAAUUGUUCUGGAGUUCAACCUAACCUGUCCUAUGCAAAUCCUUGGGGCUUAUUCAGCCAGGCAUUGCUAGUUUGGGACUUCUAAUUUUCUUCCUUUCCCUCCCCUUCAAGUGUAUGUAGGUCAGGAGUCAGCAAACUUUCUGUAAAGGGCCAGAUAGUAUUUUAGGCUUUGUAAGCUAUAAGGUCUCUGCUGCUUCUUAACUCUGCCAUAGUAGCCCCAAAGCAGCCACAGACAACACAUAAACACUGUAUUCCAAAGAAAACUAUUUAUGAACACUGGAAUUUUAAUUUCAUAUGCUUUUCACAUGUUAAAAAGUGUAUUAUUUGGCUUUUUCCAACUUUAAAAAUAUAGACACCAACCUUAGUUCAUGGAGCUUACAAAAACAGGGUGCAGCUGAAUUUGACCUGGGGUCUACAGUCUGCCUUCUCCCAACCUAGGCGAAGAUAAUUACUCUGCAAGUAGGAAUAAGAACUUUUUUCCUAGUACUGUAUUGAUACAUGAUGUGCCACGCUAUAAAUAUGAAGUGUGGGUGCAAAUGAUGUUCUUACUCGUACAUGUAAAGUGGUAAGAUCCAUUUAGUCACCCCUUAAUUAGAGAAAAUAUGCAGUAUAUAAUUGUAAAGAAAACAGAAUCCUUAAAUGCUUCUAUUAACACACUUUAACCCUUUUUCCCUGAGAGUAGAUAAGUGAAUAUGUGAUUAUUUCAUUAUUUAAAUUUGGCUCACCCUAAACUUUUUGAUGUGAUACUAGUAACUGAACUCUUGGUUAAUCCACUAGAAAAUUGAGCUAGAACACUCAUUAGAUAGAGUUUUUUAAUUUUGUUAACUUUUUGACAAGUUUUCUGCCACCUUAGAUUUUGACAUGAUUAUCCAAAUCACCUGUUGACAGCCUAAAGAUAACUUCUAAGAGACGCUUAGAUCAAAUAUUUAUUGAAAGAAAUUAAGGAAUACUAAAUAAUAAUACAUCCUAAUUACCAUGUAAAUGUAUUCAAUACCAUUAAUAUCUGCUUAAAAGGGAGCGCGGUUAGCAGUCAAAUCAUGUUCUACCCUAAUGAAUUCUUCAGAACUUCUCUCAAGGAUAUCAACACGGUUAUUUAGUUGAUGUCAUGUAUUUCAUAUAAGAACUAGAUACUGGAUCUGUAAAAAUUUCCUUGAAGUCUUAAGAAGUUUGACUGCUCAGACUUGCUUUUACACAGCUGUGGUUUAUAAGUUUGACAGUUUCACAGUCACCUCUAGAACACGGACUCUGCAGUUUAACCACUUGGUUCAAAUCCAAACACUGCUCCUUUUAAGAUGUAUUGACCUUUGGUAGGUUGCUUAACUGCUCCAUGCCUUAGCAUCUUCAUCUGUUAAAAUGAGGAAAUAAUACUAGCACUGUUACAAUGAUUGUUCACAAAGCAUGGGGCACUGUGCUUGGCACAUAGGUUGAUGCUCAGUAAGUUGUUUCUGUGCUAGUGUUAUAAAAUAUUAAAGGACAUUAAAUUCAUGUAGAUGAAAGACUUGCACAGCCUUUUGUCCCUGAGAGAGGAAAUCACUGGGAGGACUGGGGUAAUUUCACCAAUGUAGAAUAUUUGUUAUUUAGUGAAUUGUUGCCAUUAGGUUAUCUUUUACCAUUCCCUUUGAUCUAAUAGGGUCAGUUAACAACUUCUAAAUUCAGCCUAUUGAACAAAGUAUGGCAAUAAUAAGGGCAAAAUAAUUACAAACGUAUCAAGGUGGAAGAAUUUAACUGAUUUGCCAAAUCAGGUGCAGGCAAUUUCCACAAUAAUAAGGUAGGCUCAAAAAAAAGUUUUGAAAGCCUUUGAAAUGUUUUGUUAAUAAUUAGUUCAUUCCAUUUAAAUACAUCAUACAAGGUACUGAGAAUAAAUGAUGGUGUUUCUUUUUUAAAGACUGGAUACCUUACUUUGGCAGCUGAGUACAGAAAAUCCUUAACCACAAGUCCAAUGUUCUCACUAUUCUUUGAAUAGAUUUAUGUAUUGUACUUAAAAUGCUAGUCCUCUAUUGGGGAAAACUAAUAGAUAUGAGAUAUGAAAACUAAUAGGAGAAUUAGGACACAGCCUAGUAGUGUUACAGAUAGACCUAAACUUGGAUAAAAAACUUGUGUUCUAAUUCUGGCUUUUUACUAACUUGUGUAUAUGAUCUUGGCCUACUCAAUUAUUCAGUGCCUUGGUUUUCUCAGUUAUCAAAGACAGAGGGUUGUAAAGAUGAAGAUGUACUCCUGAAAUUAAUACCUACUUAGUCCAAUAAGAAGAUGGAGCUGUUACAUAUGGAUAUUCCACCCUAAUAUAACCCACAAAUCUUGCUUCACAUAACUUUCCACUCAUAAAGCUAACAUCUGUUGUAAUGGAGAUUUGAUGGAAAAUCCCUUAAUUUCCUUGAGAAACGAUGUCCCAUACCCAGCUGUCUAGGUAACAGACUCAUACAAGGCUGAGAUGAUACAAAUAUCCAUCCUAUCCAUGUCCAAAGUCUUUAAGCAACUUUCUGGGAGUACUAAAAGCCUUUGAAGUUUCAACAGAAACUACAUCAGAGUCUGCAAUUUACUCAAACGGAAAUUUCAUUUAAAAUAUAUUCAUUCCAGUCUCCAAGGUUUCAUCAUAAAAUGAGCUCACAUGGAGGUGAAAGGUGCCUUUUAAGUAUUAAAUUUUAUUAACUUACUUCUUUGAAUCUGUCAUUAAAGCAGGUUAAUAUUCUGCUCUGGUUUAUCCUGAGCGAGGCUCACAGCUGGGAACUAUAACACGAUCAAGGUUUGCCUCACUUUUCACUGCUCAAAACAGGCACUGAGUCCUUCAUAUUAUCACAGGUCAGGUUUUACUUGCCACAACCUGCUGGUAGAAGGAAAUAUAUCCACUUGUCUGGACUAGUAUUAAGAAGACAUUGGGAAAAAAAAAAAGGAACAUUUUAUGAGAAGAAAUAAUAGACUUGCAUAUUAACACUAAAUGUCGUAUUCAAAAUGGCAUUUUUAAAUGUGUUCAAGUAAAACACUGUAAUAAGAGAAAAACCACAAAACUUAAUAUAAAGUCUAGCUUUAUUUUUUAAAAGAUUUUACAAGUCUGUC